GUGAUUCAUGACUUCGAAUGCCGUGACGUAGUUGCCUAUAUGACCAGCUGCACCUCAGCCUGUCGAGUUGCUGUGCUGGGUGAGCCUUUUUAUUACUUCCCCUCGUACUCAGGAUGUCGAGUGGUGAGCACCGAAACCAGGGCUCGUCUUCGCUGGCCAGUCCUAGUCCACCACAAGCGAUGAUGGAGCCCGAUGAUCCAUCAGCAGUUGAACCUGCACGUCGUCGGUUAGCUCCAAAGUCUCGCUUCCGUAUAUUUUCUUCCCUUCCAAACCUUUUCUCUUGCUGCAAUUUUAAGCGUCCCAAACCACAUCCAGCGGAUUCAGAACUUGAAGCAAACAGCUUAAACAACUCCGUAGGCCAAUUACCGCCUCUCGAACAGACCAAUGAUAGCACCACCAUCAUCAAUUUGGACAUUUCAAGUAUCUCCAAUAUCCCUGACAAUAAGAAUGAGUAUCGUUGGGCUGUUGUGUAUGAAAAUCAAAGAGGUCUCACCGUUUUCUCGUCACCGUAUUAUUCACACCUAUCACUUCUUCCCAUCGAUCCUCCACAAUUUACCGUUCCGUCCAAGUCUCUGAAACAAUCUCGGCAACCGAACAUCUCUCUCUCUAAUUAUCCCCUUCCUGAUGGCACCUGGCGCUGGGUCUCCAGAUCAUGGAUGAUUGACAUGCGCACAGACUCGGGGGAAGUUCAAUACGACGGUUUUGAGUACAACUGGUUUUUUCGGGAAAACAACUGGCAUGCAGAGAUCGGCAAACUAAGCACAGGUGCCUGGGUGCGGAGAAGACGAUGGGUGAGACUUAUGAUGCGGCCGGCGCAGCACACGACAGGGCACUCGGAGGGAAGUUCAAGUCCAUCCACUAGCAAGAGCAGGCUGUCUGGCCAGCCAUUGUAUACGAGUCUCGUUCAUCCUCAAUCAGAUAUCGCGCUAGACGAGCUCGCUCGAGAGGCCAACCUGGAAUGGGAAGGAAAUGAACAAGACUGGGUGCGCUGUCGUUGCCUGAUGCGAAGACUCGGUAGAGACGGUCGCAAACUUGAGCUUUGGCGCAUGUGGCUUUCGCCACACCUCUCUGAUGUUUCUGAUACCGACCUUGCGCGCAAAGGGAAGCAUCCUGAAUAUGAGUCCUCUCCGUCCAUGAGUUCGGGAAAUAAUGGCUCGGGCAUCCAAAGUCCACCUCUCGAACACUUGGGAACACUUCUCCGAAACCACGGAGAUGCGGUACUCCGAUCGUUUAUCUUCCCAGACUCAAGAGCGCAGUUUAUCAAUCUUAUUAAACGUGCUAGUUUGGCUAGUGAGUUAGGACGAAGCCUUGGAAACGGCUUCUCUUCCACUGAAGUCGACUUCUGGAGCUACUUGAAGGGCUUAGACAAAGUACUUGACAGAGAUGAUCAAGCAGAGCGGAGUCCGGGAGACGACUCGAAGGAAUAACUCUUCAAUAAGGCGUCGUUGCGAAUGAUUUUGGGCUUAAGCAACAGAACCACGGUUCAACUACUUAUGGCCCAUGGGGCAGUAAAUUACUAGCGGAAGGGGGUUCCAGGUUCAUAAGUCGUAUAUAUGUUUAAUUUACUAGUGAUAACACAAAUCUUGGUUGAACUUUUGCCGCU